CCCAUGUGGGUGGCAGGGACCCACGUGGUGGAGCCUCUCCUGGUCUGCAUGAGCAGGAAGCUGGAGUCGGGAGCUGGAGCUGGGAUUCAACCCAGGCCCUCCGAUGUGGGAUGGGGCUGUCUUAACUGCCAGGCUCAAUGACUCUUCCAAGGGGCUGUCCUUUUCCCCAUCAGUGUUUCCUUCUUCUGGCCUUCAACUUGGAAUGAUGAGUAGAAUUUAGAAUCUGGUUUGGGCCCUGUGGUGAUUCAGAAGAUGGAAGCUAGGGUGGGAGAAUGCUGGAUCCUUUGCAACCAUGGAAUGCCUACCUCUGGAGUUUUACAGGGCCAGUGGCUUGGGUAGUUCAGGGUGCCCUAACAAAACGCCCUGAACUAGAUAAUUUGUACUCCCCUUCUGAUCCAGCCUCCUGCCAACACACCUGGGAAGGCAGCAGGUGAUGGCCCAAGUACUUGGGCCUCUGCCACCCAGACCAGGAUGGAGUUCCUGGCUCCCAGAAGUGGCUGUUGUGGCCAUGAACCGGUGGGAAGUGAACCAGUGGAUGGAAGAGCUCUUUCUGCUGCUCUGCUAUUGAGCAGGGCUUUCCCAUGGGUUGUCCAGACUGCAUUUUAACGAUGUUGGGUAAGAGCUGAGCUACCUGCCUGUGUGGAACUUCCGCACCCUUGGAUCCACCUCUUCUGAUGGCAUUUUGACGGUGUUAAGGCCACGUGACCAGCCGCUCAUGAUGAAUGAGGAGAAGAGUCUUGGUGUGUCCCAGAAAUUGGUCUCACCCUCAAGAAGCACCAGCAGCUGCUCCUCCAAGCAGGGGAGCCGACAGGACAGCUGGGAAGUGGUGGAAGGCCUGAGGGGGGAGAUGACCUACACCCAGGAGCCGCCCAUCCAGAAAGGAUUUUUGCUGAAAAAGAGGAAAUGGCCCUUAAAAGGCUGGCACAAGAGGUUCUUCUAUCUGGACAAAGGAAUCUUGAAAUACGCCAAGAGCCAAACUGACGUGGAGAGGGAGAAGCUGCACGGCUGCAUUGAUGUGGGCCUGUCAGUGAUGUCUGUGAAGAAGUCGUCCAAAUGCAUCGACCUGGACACCGAGGAGCACAUCUACCACCUGAAGGUCAAGUCCGAGGACGUCUUCGAUGAGUGGGUGUCCAGGCUGCGGCACCACCGCAUGUACCGCCAGAACGAAAUCGCCAUGUUCCCCCGGGAAGUGAGCCACUUCCUCCCAUCGUCCACAGCGACAGACCCUCCUCCUGGCGUGUUUGAUCCUGUUUCCAGUAGGAAGCGCAGCAGUAUAUCGAGGCAGAGCUCAUUUCAAAUCGGAAGCAACUUAUCAUUUUCUUGUGGUGAGACGCGGCUUCCCCUCUGGUUGCAGUCUUCCGAGGACAUGGAGAAAUGCUCAAAAGACCUGGCACACUGCCAUGCUUCUCUGGUGGAGAUGAGUCAGUUGCUACAAAGCAUGGAUGUCCUGCAUCGGACCUACUCGGCGCCAGCCAUCAAUGCCAUCCAGGGUGGCGCUUUUGAAAGUCCCAAAAAGGAAAAGAGAUCGCACAGGAGGUGGCGGUCCCGAGCUCUUGGCAAAGAUGCUAAAGGAACGCUGCAGGUCCCUAAACCCUUUCCUGGCCCCGUAAGGCUGCAUUCCUCCAAUCCGAAUUUGUCAACGCUGGAUUUUGGAGAAGAGAAGAAUUAUUCUGAUGGCUCGGAAACCUCAUCAGAGUUUUCUAAGAUGCAAGAAGAUCUGUGUCAUAUUGCACAUAAAGUUUACUUCACUUUAAGGUCAGCUUUUAAUACCAUAUCAGCGGAGAGAGAGAAACUGAGGCAGCUGAUGGAGCAUGAUGCCUCGCCCUCCCCUUCCGCUCAGGUCCUCGGUCUGAAGCACGCCCUGUCAUCCGCCCUAGCACAAAACACAGAACUUAAAGAACGCUUACGCAGAAUCCAUGCCGAGUCUCUGCUCCUCGAGCCCCCCGCCGGUGCCACGUCCGGUGACAGCCUGGCAGAGGAGAACUCCGGAGACGAAAACCGCGCCCUGGUCCACCAGCUGUCCAACGAGAGCCGGCUCUCCAUCACCGACUCCCUGUCGGAGUUCUUUGACGCCCAGGAAGUCCUGUUGUCUCCAAGCUCUUCAGAAAAUGAGAUUUCGGAUGACGAUUCCUACGUCAGUGACAUAAGUGAUAAUCUUUCCUUGGACAAUCUCAGUAAUGAUUUAGAUAAUGAGAGGCAGACCUUGGAUCCCAUUCUCGACAAUGGUGCUGGGGCAGUGAAGUCCACGCGGAGAACCUGCCUGCCCGCGCCGUGCCCCAGCUCCAGCAACGUCAGCCUGUGGAACAUUCUGAGGAACAACAUAGGCAAGGACCUGUCCAAGGUGGCCAUGCCCGUGGAGCUGAACGAGCCCCUGAACACACUGCAGCGCCUGUGCGAGGAGCUGGAGUACAGCGAGCUCCUGGACAAGGCCGCGCGGCUUCCCAGCGCCCUGGAAAGGAUGGUGUACGUGGCUGCCUUUGCCGUGUCCGCGUACGCGUCCAGCUACUUCCGGGCCGGCAGCAAGCCCUUCAACCCGGUUCUCGGAGAAACCUACGAGUGCAUCCGUGAGGACAAGGGCUUCCAGUUUUUUUCAGAGCAGGUCAGCCACCAUCCACCUAUCUCUGCGUGUCACGCUGAGUCUGAGAAUUUUGUUUUCUGGCAAGACGUGAGAUGGAAAAACAAGUUCUGGGGCAAAUCCAUGGAAAUCGUUCCGAUUGGCACAACGCACGUGACUCUGCCCGCCUUUGGAGAUCACUUCGAGUGGAACAAAGUGACCUCCUGCAUCCACAACAUCCUGAGCGGCCAGAGGUGGAUCGAGCACUAUGGUGAGAUCGUCAUCAAGAACCUGAGCGACGCCUCCUGCCACUGCAAAGUGACCUUUAUUAAGGCCAAAUACUGGAGCACGAACGCCCAUGAGAUUGAAGGCACAGUGUUUGACCACAGCGGGAACGCGGUGCAUCGGCUGUUUGGGAAGUGGCACGAGAGCAUCUACGUCGGUGGCGGCUCCUCCUCCUCCACGUGCGUGUGGAGAGCAAAUCCCAUGCCAAAAGGCUACGAGCAGUACUACGGCUUCACACAGUUUGCACUGGAAUUGAAUGAGAUGGACCCAUUGUUGAGGCCUUUAUUACCACCCACUGACACUCGAUUCAGACCAGACCAGAGGUUCCUAGAAGAAGGGAACAUAGAGGAAGCUGAGUCGCAAAAGCAGAGGAUCGAGCAGCUCCAGAGAGAGCGGCGGCGGGCGCUGGAGGAGAGUCACGUGGAGCACCAGCCUCGGUUUUUCAGGAAAUCCAGUGACGACUCCUGGGUAAGCAACGGCACCUAUUUGGAACUGAGAAAAGAUCUUGGCUUUUCCAAACUGGACCAUCCCGUCUUGUGGUGACAAAGGGCAGAAGAAGGAGGUGUGCUUCUCUUGUGUUUGCUUCCAGAAGCAGCACACAGCCGUCUACAUAUCUAAAAGAUAUUAUCCAGAAUGGCCACUCGUGCUUAGCUUAGCAUUGUAUUUAAGUACAUACUUCUUCAGUGGGUUUCUUUGUAAUUUUAAAUGUUAUCAUGGUUUGUUGAUAUGAAUGUAGGACACCUUGACAUUUCUUUUUUAUAUACAAACUAUUUAAUAAAAAUGAAAGAUUGAAUGUUACUGUGUGGGUUACAAAGAAGCUUUAACACUAAUCUUCCAAAGGAUAGGGAAAAUUCAAAUUAAAUUGAUGCCUUAUAAGAUUAUGUUGGAGGGGAAAGAAAGUCAACUUCUCCCAGGUGCAUUAAGAACUAAGAAUACCAGGAUGUGCACCCAUGCCUAAGCUGCCCGCGUGUAAUUUGGUAGCUGAGAUACCUGUUUGCUUCAGCUGGCUCUUGGAUUGCACAGAACAGUUCUAAUGGUUCUGGAGUCUGGAGAAGAUGUCAAUGGUUGGGGGAAGGCAUGAACCUAGUGGAGUGUACCUUUUUCUAUAGGGUAGACACAGUACCUUCUCCAAGGGGAAGCAUUUGAACGUGUUCUUCACAAUAGUUCUGCCGCCUUGUGUAUAGAGCUGUGCCCUCCUGCUCAGCGCGAUUGUCGUUAACCAGAGAAAUCUCUGUGCAUUCAGUGUCGUAACGACGUCCCAGGGAGGCAGGAGGAAGUUCCUCCUAAGAGCUGAAUUUCUGAUAAACUUUCCUGCUUCCCUGCACUCCCUAGCUUUCUGCCCCCUCCUGGUUGGCUGUAUCCAUCUCUGCAGAGGAUAGAAUGUCCCAGUUUAGGAUAAAACACACCACACAUUCCAACACAGCAGUUUGACUUUCAAAAAGUUUAGCAAAAUAACUAGCUGUUCUGAACAACCCACCAUGUUUUUCUGAAAUACUGUUUGGAUAUUUUCUACCUCUUAAUAAACACUGUAUUUUAGAUCUUGUAUAAAAAGUUUGACCAUCUGCCUUAUAGACAAAUGUCGAGACUUGAUGAUAUCUGUGUUGUAUUCUGAUAAAACUGUGUCUUAUCCCUUUCCUAUACUUCUUAUUCUUAUACUCUUUUGUGAGCUUUGCAGCGGUCUCAAAUAACACAGAUUAUAACUACUACAAGGGGAAACUUUAAAUGAUAAUAAUAUGAAUUGUGCAGUAGCUGAAUUGUGUUAUCACAGCAGUUCCAACUACUGCCCAGAUGACAUUAAAACCAAAGUCUACUUGUUAAGCCUUUAAUUCCCACGACAAUCCUAUGGAAUAUCACGUGUGUGGCAAAGUGAUUUCUCCAGGAAACAUUUUUAUGCGUGGCAAAGAAUUUCAGAACAGGCAGAAUGGAUGGACGAGGAAUAAACAAACACCAAGGCAAGGAUGCAUGUCCAGCGUCACACCAAAUGAUGAGUUGAGCCGCGUUGCAUUUUCAAAAUGGAGAGUUGUUUCUGGUGGAUCAGGAGCGUGUUGGCAUCUGCAAGUGACUGGCAUUUUAAGACAACUCAUUAAAUAUUGGAUUCGCUUAUUCUAUUUUAUGGCGACAUCAAGAGGAACACAGUAUGCAUAUCAUUUCCAUCUCUAAGCAGCAAGAUGACACACUCUUCGGGAUGUGCUUUGUUCUUUGCUUCUCAAGCAUUGAUCCAAAUUCUGCUCACAGAUCAGAGGAAGCGAGCUGUGGAUUUAAGGGUACUCCAGGGGAAGACAAAUCUGGUUUCCCAAUGUGAGGGGAAGUGUAGAAUUUUAGUAAUAUUGGCCGUUAAAUAGGCCUGCUUCAGCGGCUGGCUCAAAAGAGAAAACCAUGACGAUAUAUAACCAAAACACACCGCCCGAAUGGAAGCUUCAUCACGCAGUAUUUGGAAACUCCUUAAUUGUCCUGAGGCUGUUAUUUCAAUUGAUCGUGUUUUUUUUUUACUUUGGAAUCACAAGGAUGACGGGACCAAAGGCCACCUUUGUAUGUCACCUUCUUUGAGAUGGGGCUGAAGGGCAUUAAAAGAGGAUGUAGAACUACAUGAAUUUAAGCCUACCAUUCAACCCCGGGGCUUUUCUGAAGGUAAACAGCAUGGUGAUACUUCCUGAUAUUUGAAUUUUAAAUCUGCACUGAAGGGGAAAUGGCUUCCUUUUCCUUGAGUCCCUUUUCUCACUCAAAAGCACUUUUCUACCAAAUGUGUGCUCCCAGGGUGUUAGAUCAUUUUCAAAUGAAAAAAGCAGAAACAUGGCAUUGUUUGGGAAGACUUGAGGUAGAAUUUAAUUUUCUGGACUUUGAACCUACGAAGUAAGCAAUGCCAAUCACCACUGCAUCCGAGAUACGUGUCUGAACCUAGAUUUGAUUCCUGCUAAUCUCAUCCCAAAUGAAUGGUGAAUUUCACAGAUACUCCUGGAAAUGGGACUUGGUGCAGGCCACCAAGCUGCUGCAUUUCUCCCGGACUGACUGCGCCCAAAUGCAGGGAGUGUGAUGGGCUUGAGCCCACAGGCUCCAGUGCAGCCGGGAGCAGACCAGCGCCCUCCCAGGCCCCGAAGCACCUGCUGCUUUCCAGGUCCGAGAUAACACUGAGAGUCCCGUGCUGCUUCUCCAUGCACCUGCGCUCCCGGAAGCCAGGCUGACUCUGGGACUAGCUAAACAGGUGGGAGUCCGCUUCAGGACAGCAGACCAGAUACCUUCCAAGUAUCCCCAGGGCCCCAAGAGCCCCCCACCCCACUCUUCACUGACUCCUGGGGGACUCCCUGGGGGAGAAAGCCACAAACUGGAUUUUUUCAAAUAUUUACUUCCUCUGGCUGCUGCUUUUCUCCUGUUCUCCUUUUCUUGACUUCCAACCAAUCUUUUGCUUGGGCUUCAAGCACUGUUCUUCAUCUGUAUUUUCCAGAUUCAUGACUAUCUUGUUCUGUUCAAAACAACAAGCCUAAAAGAAAAAUAAUAAUGAUGUUUUCAUUUGGCUAUUGGAUCUUGAUGUAGGCCUACUAUGUGUCCAGCAAGUUGUGUUGUGCCUUCUGGUUAUUGUAGAAUUUCUGCAGACCUGUAGGUUAAGAGUUGGAGCAAUAAGUUAUUCUUAGGAUCUUAGGAAUGAUAGUUCCAGUGUAUGGGCAUAAUUUAUUUGAAGGUCUUUAAUUUUGAUAUUAACCACGCAUAAAUCUAUUUUUGCUACCAAAUGAUAGCUAUUUUCAUGUGCUCUAUUUUCCUUGGCAUUGUAUUAAUCUGGUACUCAGUGUUAGCCUUUGUUUUUCUGUGUUGGAAAUGUGUAGCACAUAAGUAUCUGCGAAUCACGACCAUCUAAAAUGCAAACCAUUUCUGAAGACUUUGGUUCGGGGGCGUGCAAUGAUCAGAAGUGGCUGUUUUACUUGUGGCAGUUUUACCUUCUCCUCUGCCUCUUGGGGGAAGCUUCUUGUUUUCAUGGAUCUUUGUAUGUGUUCCAUGGCACCAUUUGUACAGUUAUGUUCUGUUUAAAUCCCAUCCUUCUACCCAUGCCCCUCCAGCUCCCCACAAGCUCUUGUUACUUGUGUCUUCCCCUCAUGUACUAGCUGAAUAAACAACAUUGGAAAAAGGCCA